UGAAAAUGUUGGCGACCAAAGGCCGGAUCCAGGGAUGUGUGCUGCUUGUGCUACUCGCGUUAUGUGGGCAAACUGCUCGCUGUCAACAUCGAUACGAAGGCUCUGCGACCCGUGAAGAACUGAGACUCCUUCUGGUCGGUAAAACAGGAUCGGGAAAGAGUGCGUCCGGAAACACCAUCCUGGGGGAUGCGAACGCUUUCAAAGAGGACGUUUCGCCCGAGUCUGUCACCGACAGCUGUCUCAGAAAAGAGGCAGAGGGCGACAAACUGGUGGGAGAGGAUGUGGUGAAAAUCGGCCAGCUGCGGCUGGUCACAGAGUGUUACAAAGGAGAUUACUGAGAUUCGUUUGUCACAAAAGGCUGAUUCUUUCAAUGCACGCAUCCUACGGUGAUAUUUUUAUCAUGUAUUCACAGCCACCGGAGGCGCUGUACAGCACCUGAAACACGGACAGUUUGUUGAUAUUGUAAUCAAAAAUACAGCCCCCGGGGAGGGGGUUAAAAACGCACCCCCCUAUUGCACAUGUCCCUAAAUGAUACUUACUGGAUAGGUCAUCAUUUCCCUCUGUGGCUGCCACUCCCGUUUCAAUUUUUCUCCUAGUUUCGGGCAGGCUCUAUGACGUUCGUCCACAGGAGGUGCUGUACAGCACCGAGCGCCUGAAACACGCACAGUUUGUUGAUAUUUUUUCAUGUAAACCUUUUUUUUUUCAUGUAAACGUGUU